AUAAAUAACAAAAGUGCCAAAAAAAAAUAAAAUAUUUGUUUAGAAAUGUUUACCAAAAAUACAUUUUACUUGUAUGUCAUGCUAAUAUCUACGUUCAAAUUGAAAGUUCAAGGAUUCGAAAUGAACAUGACACAGUAUUACCUGAUGCCUCCUCUAUAUGACUUUGAUGACUACGAUCGUUGUUUACAAGAGUUCGAUCACUUAUCUCAGUAUUGUUUUGUACGUGCGGAUGUUUUGGCUCAGCCCAAUGUAGCAGCUUGGCGGGUCAUACAGGAUGUUUCGCAAUAUCAUAAACAUCACUUCGAUCAUGGACAUCUAUAUUUCGGCAUAUGCAUGGAUUGGUGUAGAACACAAAUUGAUGCUUUGGGAGAAAAAGAAGCUGAUGCUCUAUUUAAAGGAAUUCUAGUGAAUAACACCAAGGUGAACACAUAUUUGGAUCUUUUCAAAUCAGAAGAGGAAAAUCGUCAUCUGCUGAAUUCACUGGCCAAUCAAUGUGUAAAUCUGCGUUUGCAGAAAUACGAACUGUCUGCCGAAAGUGUUAUUGAAUAUUGUGACAAUAGCAUCAAAGAUGUUCAAUUCGAUGCUUGGAAUUUUGCUUUCUAUGCCGUGGUUUGUGUCUUGACUCUAUGCGUGCUCAUGAGUAGUUUGUUUGAUUUAUAUCUGAAGCAUAAACGGAACAACAAGCUGUUAACAGAUCGUGAUCAUUAUACGGCGGCACCCGCAGACCUAGCAACCAAACUUGGAGUUGGUUUCUCAAUGGCACGAAAUUGGUAUCGCUUGAACCAGCAACCUUCUGGCCGCAUGGGAAGGGAAUUAAGAUUCUUAGAUUGCUACAAAUUCUUUUGCAUGUUUUUGGUGAUAUUUGCUCACACCAAUUGGGUUCUGUAUGAGAGUGCUAUCAGCAAUCCCCAGGAUCCAGAACGUCUUUUACACACCUACGCUGGCACCAUCCUGGUGGCAGGAUCCUUGGUGACCGUCACAUUUUUCGUCAUAGGAGGCUUAUUAAUGACUUUGAAUUGGUUGAUAGUGGCCAAGGAAAAUAAGGAAAUGUCAGCUAUGGAGUAUUUAGUGACAUUUCUGAAAUUUAAUAUUUUCAGAUAUUUAAGGCUAACUAUACCCUAUGGCUUUGUCAUUUUAUGGAGUGGUGUGUAUUUCGAUAAUGCUGGCGGUCCCAUGUUUCGUCACAUAUUUGAACGUGAACAAUUGUCAUGCCGCAAAAAUGGCUGGAUUAAUUUGUUAUAUCUUAACAAUAAUCUAAGAACAAAUGAGAGAUGCAUGCUGCAAGGAUGGUACUUAGCAUCAGAUACCCAGUCCUUUGUGCUUAGUAUUUUAAUUCUAAUGCUGGCCCAUAAGUUUGUCAAUUUGCGUAAAUGGAUAUUUGGGGCAACUUUGGCCUUUUUCGUUUUCAUAUCAGGCCUGACAACCUACGUGAACAAAUUCUGUGCCCUGUUUUUGCCGUCGCCACAAAUACAACGUGAUUCCUUUAUUGAGAGUCGUCAAUUUAAUGAAUUCUAUGUACCAUUUCAUAUGAAUUUUGGAUGUUAUUUCUUUGGUGUUUUGGCCGCUCUAAUUUAUGAUCACAUUUCCACGAAUGGAUUGAAAAUUAAAGAAAACAAAUUGUUUCACAUAAUGUUUUACGUUCUAAUACCAGUGGGCAUAUUGUGGUUAUUUUCUGGUCAUAUCUUCCUGCAGUAUUACAAUGAAGAAGAUGUGCGUCUUUGGGCCAGUAUUUAUGCCUCUAUACAGAGAAAUUUCUGGGGCUUAGGUUUGGCAGCAUUCAUUGUUGGGAUGGCGGCAAAAUGUGGAUGGGUUUUAAGAAAAUUCUGCUGUCUUCCUAUAUUUCGUAUACUGGGACGUUUGACUUAUGGCGCCUUUCUAGUUCACCUACUAAUUUGUAGAGUUGUUAUUGCUACCUUAAGGGAACCUAUUUAUUUUGGGACCGGCAUUAUGUUUGCUUUCAUAAUCUUUACCCUGGCAGCCUCGUAUGUUUUGUCGUUUGUGCUGGCCAUUUUACUAGAGCUGCCUGCAUCAUCAUAUAUGAAGUUAUUGCGAUGACCACACAUACACACCUAGAUAAUACACAUGUACCAUGAGAGAGUAAUAACAAAAAACUUUGAGUUUAUUUAAAA